GAUAGCCCAACUCUCUGGAGAGCUCACCAUGGCUUGGACCUUGCUGUUCUUGGUUCUUCUCGAUUUCUAUGCUGGUGUCCAUUCUCAGGGAAUGUUGACUCAGCCAUCUUUAGCAUCUGGGUCUCCAGGACAGACAAUCACACUUUCCUGCACCAAAAGCAGUGGCAACUGGAACAGUGAAGUCUACUGGAUUAAAGAGAAAUCUGGAGAAGCCCCUCGUAUUGUUCACUGCAACGGCUGCAGCAGAGGAGAAGGGAUCCCAGAUCGGUUCACGGCAACCGGUUCUGGGAACACAGGCUCUUUAACCAUCACAAAUGUUCAGGCUGAAGAUGAGGCCAAUUAUUACUGUAUCUGUUAUUCCAGCACAGUCAGCGUGUAUCACAGUGGUCCAUUCUCAUGGGGAAUUUGCAAGUCAAGCAAUCUUGAUUUGUUUUUUGCAGUGAUGGCUUGGGCCUCCCUUCUCUUGCUGCUUCUUAUGUACUGCUCAGGCAUUGCCUCGCAGCCCACACUGACUCAGGUUCCUUCCCAGUCUGUGACUCUUGGAAACACAGUAAGACUUACAACCACUGUGAGCAGAGACCAUGAGUAUCAUGCUGUCUCCUGGUAUCAGCAGAGAGAGGGCCAGGCUCCCCGGUUUCUCCUUGAUACUAGCAACAACCGAGGCAGUGGGACCCCAGACCGGUUCAGUGGUUCCAAACCAGGCAGAGAAGGUUAUUUGACCAUUACCAAUGUCUUGGCAGAGGACGAGGCAACUUAUUACUGUGUUGCAUCUUACCAUGGCUCUGGUAGUGGCUACAUGUAA